UUAUUUUUUUAACGUUUAUUUUAUCAGGGAGUCAUACAUAGACCAAGGUCUCUUUUACAGAUGAGCCCUUAACUACAUAAAAUAGAGACAUCAAAGUAUAAAUAUAAAUGCCAGCAGAAAGAAAACACGAUAAUAAAAAACAAACACAUCGAUCAGUAAUAAGGUCCUCAAUCAGCUUUCUGAAUUGCUAGAGGCACCAGAACAUCAAAUGUGAUAACUUUUUAAAAAGAUUGUUCCACAAAUAAGGUGCAAGACCAAAGGAAUUUCAAGAGUUGGCUAUCCCUGAUACCAGAUGUGGUAACUCGUAUGUCUAAAGUUUAGUAACGAUGUUAGGUACCGUGGGACUGGUACAGGGAUCUAUAUAUGAAAACAUAGCAAUGUACCAACCUACGUGACAUCAAGAGGCCAACCAACUUUCUGUUAGAAAAUGCAGUGAAUGAGUCCUACAAUGACCGUCUUUAUAAGUAUUGUAAACAUAUUUAGCAUGGCUAUUAAAAUGUAAUUGAUCAUUAUGAAAAUGGAUGACGCCUGAGUUUCAGAUCAGUAAUUCCAAAUUGGAUGAUCGUUCAAAACAAAUGUCCCAGUCUGAGCUCAUUUUCCCCCCAUCGAGUUGUCAUGAACGCACCAUUAUGGCGUACAUAAAUGGCUCUGCUUUUGAGGAAUUAAACGUUCCAUUUUGACACAAAUUGAUGUCAUAGAAACAAACUUCAUACGUAAUUGCCCACGUUUAUAAUGAUAAAAUAUUGAAUGUUAGUAACAUUGACCCCAUGUGUAUCUUUGAUAUUCAACUAUGAACGGAGUUCAACAUGGUGUCGAUAAUGGUGUAAUAAUUUAGGUCUGACUAGCCAUGGAUGACUCACUGGUGCUGAAGAAACGGGGAUAUACACUGGGCAUCAGUUUAGGCGAGGGGUCAUACGCCAAAGUAAAAUCCGCGUAUUCUGAGCGUCUGAAGACCAAUGUUGCUAUCAAAAUUAUUAACAGAAGAAAGGCGCCGGCGGAUUUUUUGGAGAAGUUCUUACCCCGGGAACUGGAGAUCCUUGCAUCCCUAAAUCACCGAAACAUCGUCAAGACCUUCGAGAUAUUCGAGACUUCAGAAGGGAAGGUGUACAUGAUUAUGGAGCUUGGUGUGCAAGGGGACCUACUAGAGUUCAUCAAAUUCAGGGGUGCUUUGCCCGAGGAUUUCACCAGAAAACUGUUCAAACAACUGUCACUUGCAAUACAAUUUGCACACGACCUAGAUGUUGUUCACAGGGACCUGAAAUGUGAAAACCUGCUAUUGGACAAAGACUUCAACCUCAAAGUGUCGGAUUUUGGAUUUGCCAGGAGGAUCAAUUAUGAUGAUGCUGGACAAAUGAUUCUCAGCAAAACAUUCUGUGGCUCUGCAGCCUAUGCAGCACCAGAGGUAUUACAGGGGCUCCCAUACAAUGCCAAAGUGUAUGACGUUUGGAGUAUGGGGGUUGUUCUAUUCAUCAUGCUCUGUGGGUCUAUGCCAUAUGAUGACUCCAAUAUUAAGAAGAUGCUGAAGAUUCAGAAAGAGCAUCGCGUUGACUUCCCACGCAGCAAAACUGUCCCUACGGAGUGCAAAGACCUGAUGUAUCGCAUGCUUAAUCCAGAUGUAGCCCAGAGGAUAGAGAUCGAUGAUAUCCUUGAACAUGUAUGGGUGCAGUCAAAAUCCAGAUCACAUGAUGGUUCUAAGAGACGAGAAGAUGGACCUUCAUCUGAAGCUGCUUGCUCCAAAAAAGAAAGGAAGGGUGAAAGUAGUAAGCAUCCUCAUGGCAAUGAGAACAAGAAAGGGGAAAAAGUGGAGGUUGAGGCAGAAUUGGGCCCUAAACUUUCUGUGGAGGGCAAAAAGGCAGCUGAACCAUCUAAGCACACCAAGAAAGAAUCAUCCCCAGAUGCAAGGAAUGACAUCCCUGCUGAUUCAUGUUGAAAUGCU